AAACCAACCAUGAGAGAUCUAAGAAUAUAGAUAAAACAAGAGAGAAAGAAAAAAUGGUGACACUACUCCAUCUUCCCGAAAACCUCAUGCAAAUUGCUACUUUAAUUCAGAACGGAAAUACCGAAGGCUUAACCCAAAUGAUGGCGGAGUUUAAUGAGAAUGUGAAUGCCAUAUUGACUACGGAAGGUCACUCAGCAAUUCACCUUGCUGUUCUAGGCGGUCACGCCGGCUGUGUUACGGUGAGCAUUGUUGCUGGAAUUGUGUGUAUCAAAAAUGUUGAUAUUGGUGAAGAGAGAUUUACAUAUGUCUCUCCAUCAGCUGCGGAAUUGCCUAGCAAAAUAUUUAUUCUAGGGGCUUUGACAUGGCAUGUAACUUGA